GGGUAAUGCUUAUUCUGUCUCGCACGUUUAUCUUGGGUGGUUUGCGCAUGUGUGCGAUUUUUAUUUCAAUGGAAUAUAUUUUUUAAACAAUUUUUUUUUAUUUGAGCAGAAGCUACAGAAAUAUUUGUUUUCGACUUUGACAAUGUAGAUUUAUUAUUAACAGGAAUCGUGUGUGUCACUAAUUGGAGCUUGGAACACGUGUAAACAUCUUUAACCUCCAAGUUUUCCAUGACACGUUUUAAGAUUGCAGUGAAUAACUUCUGAAGGAUUAAUUUUAUACUUAGCAAAUAUGCCUAUUCCUUGUGAAGACAUUAUUGAGGACAUCGAGGAUUUAAUAUCGUCGCAAGAUAUAACGCCUAAAGAAAGAUACAAUUCUAGGAAGUAUAUCACGAUACGGCCGAAACAGAAACAGCGAUUACAGGAAGAAGUGCUAGAUCCUCCUAUUUUGUCAAGCAUAAUACCCGGCACGCAGAUGAUUUACGUAAAGACGUGGGGAUGCACGCACAAUACUUCAGACACCGAGUACAUGGCUGGACAAUUGGCAGCGUAUGGUUACAAUUUGACUGAUGAUAAACACAAAGCAGAUCUAUGGCUCUUGAAUUCAUGUACUGUGAAGAACCCUGCAGAAGCUCUGUUCAGAAAUGAAAUUAAACAUGGAAAGAAAAUGGGCAAACAUGUUGUCGUCGCUGGAUGCGUGCCACAAGCUGCUCAUAAAUCCAACUUUCUCGAAGGAUUAAGUGUAAUUGGAGUACAACAAAUUGAUCGAGUAGUGGAAGUUGUGGAGGAAACUUUGAAAGGAAACACAGUGAGGUUCCUACAACAAAAAAAGGAUUCCGAUAAAAAGAAGAUAGGUGGUGCUUUGCUAAGUCUUCCAAAGGUGCGACGGAAUCCACUUAUUGAGAUCAUAGCUAUCAAUACUGGCUGUUUGAAUCAGUGUACUUAUUGUAAAACGAAGCACGCACGAGGAGACCUAGGUAGUUACCCACCGGAAGAGAUAGUUGAGCGAGCUAAGCAGGCCUUCGAGGAGGGUGUGUGUGAAUUGUGGCUUACAUCGGAAGAUACAGGCGCCUAUGGCAGAGAUAUUGGCACUAGCCUGCCAGAAUUAUUGUGGCAACUGGUCGACGUUAUUCCCAAAGGUUGCAUGAUGCGAAUCGGCAUGACCAAUCCGCCAUACAUUUUGGAGCACUUGGACGAGAUGGCCAAGAUCUUGCAGCAUCCUAGGGUUUAUAGUUUCCUGCAUAUUCCAGUGCAGUCCGGCAGCGAUCAGGUACUGGCCGAUAUGAAACGGGAAUACACGCGUGCAGAGUUCGAGCACACAGUGAAUUUUCUGAGCGAGCGAGUGCCGAAUUUAACCAUUGCUACAGAUAUCAUCUGCGGCUUCCCUACGGAAACGGAGGCGGAUUUCGAGGAGACAAUGACGCUCUGUCAAAAAUACAAGUUUCCAAGCCUUUUCAUUAAUCAGUUCUUCUCCCGACCUGGCACACCCGCUGCCAGGAUGCCGAAGGUGCCUACGCAGGAGGUGAAGAUGAGAACCAAGAGGUUGUCUGAAUUCUUCCAGUCUUACGAACUGCACAGGCAUAAAGUGGGAUCGGUUCAGAAAGUGCUGGUGACGGAAGUAUCGCACGAUAAACAAUAUUAUGCGGGUCACAAUAAAUCCUAUGAACAGGUAUUGGUCCCUAAAAAAAAACAGUUUAUGGGGAAAAUGAUUGACGUGAGGAUUGUAGCAGCGACUAAGUUUUGCAUGAAAGGGGAACCGAUCGACGAAGGUAUAUCCCCGGCACUGAGGUCUCCUCUACCACAAGGGAUUGUUUCCGGAGUACUGCAUAAAAUACCACACUGUGAGAUGGAAACAUCGAGAUAUGUAAUAGCGGCGAUGGUGGUAAUCUUUUUGGCUGUAAUAUCUAGGAUAUUAUGGAAAUUUUUGAUUUAGAUACAUAAUUUAUUCUAAUAAAUAAGUAA